CAGAGGAUCACAGCAGCAGCAGGUUGGGCUCGUCCUGUUUCCACGUCACUGGGUCUUUUUUUCCCCUCUGGUGUCCAUAUGUCCGAGGGGCCCGUGAAGGCAGCAGCAGUCCACAGCUUUAUUACAGCAGGACAAACAGCAGCUGGGACCAGUUCAGAGUCUCACUGGGAGCAGCAGCGAUGCAGAUCAAACUGUCCCCGUCACUGGGCAGCAUGUAGACCCUCCACAGAUGGACGCUGCGUGGUGACGUUUCCUCACAAACAACAACAACAACAACAAAACAACAACAACUUUCAUCCUGCAGAGACUCUCAGACUCUCAGCCGAGAAAACUAACAGGCUGAAACUCUCCGAGCAGCGGCUCUAAGUUGUUUUUUUUUUUUUUUUUUUUGUGAGAGUUUUGUGAGGAGUUGAGGUGGAGGUUUGAGAAAUGUCGGAGCCAGAGAAGAGCGAGGACAUUCCUGAUGAGUCUGCAGGAAAAGGAAAAGGAAUUCCUAACGGAGGGAAUUCUGCAAAAACCAAAGAGGAUUUUGACCUGGCUUCCAUCUACGUGUCAGACGCUCAGUACAACAGGAACAUCUACUUCGACACGUCGCCUCAGGCUGUGAAACUGUAUCUACUCUACAACCACUGGGUUCCUCAGGUUCUCGUCUACUUCUUCAUCCUGGUGGAUUUGUCUUUGGCCAUCUUUGAGGAGCCGGCCGUCUUCCUAGCGCCUGUAUGGGCCACCAUGUUGGUGGAGCUGCUCUGUCUGCUCGUCUUCACCCUCCGACUCGUUCACUACGCCCAGGUGAUUCCUCGGGACAAGUUCUGGAAAGACGCCAAAAACAUCUGUAUCAUCGUCAUCCUCCUGCUCACUCUGGUGGAUAUGAUCAUCUACGGAGCUCUGAUAGCUGCAAACUGCUACACCGUCCGCUGGUCCAGAGUCCUGCGGCCGCUCCUAUUGGUCAACGUCACAGAGGGACGACAGCUCCGCAGAGCGUUCAGAAGCAUCCGGAACGCUCUGCCUCAGAUCUUCUACGUCUUCCUGCUCUUCAUGUUCAGCGUCCUCAUCUUCUCCCUCAUGGCCCUCAAACUGCUCGGCAAACGAGGUCUGAAGACCAUCGACGGAGAUCCGUACUUCACAAACUACCUGGAGAUCGUCUUCGAUCUGUACGUCCUCGUCACCACGGCCAACAGCCCCGACGUCAUGAUGCCGGCGUACAACUUCAGCCCCGUCUUCGCCAUCUUCUUCAUCGUCUACAUCCUCAUCAACACCUACAUCUUCAUGUCCGUCUUCUUGGCCGUCGUCUUCAACAACUACAAAAAACACCUGAAGGAAGAGGUACGGCAGCUGGUGAGGGCCAAAAGGCACAAGAUGGUGCAGGCGUUCGCCGUGCUGCAGGAGCAGAAGGAGGAGGGCGGGGAGCAGGUGGUGACCCAGGCCAGCUGGAACCAAGUGGUCAAACUGGUCCAGCCGGACAUCAGUAACGCCCACAGAGAGCUGCUGUGGAGCGUCUCUGAUGACCAGAACCAGGGAUCCAUCGGUAAAGUGGCGUUCGUCCAGUUAGCCGACCUGUUGAACAUCGAGGUGAUCACGAUGAAGACGAGGCCACACCCCCUUCAAAGUCUCUGCCCCGCCUUUUACGAGUCGGCACCCAGCCGCCUCCUCUGCCGAUUGGUCCAACAUCGAGCGUUCGUGAUCGUGUACGACCUGAUCAUCCUGGUGAACGCCGUGUUCAUCGGUCUGGACGAGGACAACCCGUUGAUCGCUAACUCGGAGUGGGUCUUCCUGACGCUCUACCUGCUGGAGAUCCUGCUGAAGCUCUAUGUCUUCGAGCCCAGAGCGUUCUUCUCCAGACACAACUUCUGGAACUGGUUUGACACCAUCAUCGUCGUGUCCGCUCUCAUCGCCACCAUCAUUAACUCUGCCAUGACAUCAUCGGGCGCUUACACCAGCCGGCAGAUCCUGGACAUCGUCUUCAUCCUGAGAGUCCUCCGACUGAUCCGAGUGGUCGACAGCAUCAAAAGGUUUCGUGCCAUCAUCAACACUCUGAUCAGGAUCGGACCGGCGAUCCUCACAUUCGGACAGCUCAUCAUUGUGGUGUACUACAUCUUCGCCAUGGUGGGGAUGGAGCUGUUCAAAGGGAAGGUGAAGUUUUACAGCGAGGACUCCAACGACCCGGAGAAGGCGUACUGCGGAAACUCGCUGCUGAAAGGAUCGGCGUUCGCUCAGCUCAACUACUGCAAGAACAACUUCAACAACGUGGUGUCGUCCUUCAUCCUGCUGAUGGAGCUCACUGUGGUCAACCAGUGGCACGUGCUCAGCAGCGGAUUCACCACCGUCACACACGUCUCAGCCAGGAUCUUCUUUGUCCUCUUCCACAUCGUGGUCGUCAUCGUCAUCAUCAAUAUCUUCGUGGCGUUCGUCCUGGAUGCGUUCUUCGUGGAGUACUCGGUGGAUAAGAGCGACCUACAGACGUCUCUGGAGAAGAAGAUCGAGGAGCUGGAGCUGGCGGCGGCUCAGGAGAAGAUGGAGGAUAACUUGGUUAACGCCAUGGAAACCAUCGACAACGACUUGGGAACCGGCCAAUCAGCGAGCAACAAACCCACCCUGAUGUUUAAAAUCGCCUCUAAAAGAUAUCGGACGGUCGACGCUUUGCUGCAGCGGAUGUUCGAGGCCGAUCUCGACCCCGAAGACUUCGCCGCGACCGACGACCCGGAAGCUCAGACGAACGGGAACUUUGCGAACCCGACGUUCAGCUCUGCAUAGACGUUUCUAAUAUAUGAAGGGAAGGAAAUUCUGUGGUUUAUAUACAGUUUUAUACUCAAUAUCAUCUCAUAGGGAACAAACGUUGUUUAUUCAGUGUAAACAGUAUGAAGUCAUAUCAAGUGUUAUAUUUUUAUAUGUCUGUCAUGUAUCUCUGUGUACAAACACAAAGGAAACAUAAAGAAUAUUUACUCUGA